CCGCAAAAGUGACUUGUGGGAGUCGUAGUCCAUGGGUGGUGUACUUGAUGAACGCUAACCAAAUACCCGUUUAAACUAUAAACAGACGGAAACGGCAAUAAUAAAUAUAUGCUACACACAUACAUUUGACAAUGUAAAAUAGAAUACAAUCCGAGCGCAUCGGUAUUACGCUUCAGCUUAUGAGAAAGUUUGAUGAAAGUAAGUCUCGGUACAAACGUCCCAGCUCCACGGCGGUGUCCGGAAACAGGGCGGGACCUCGGCACAUAAACAUGGCCGUUAAGUCCUUUACGGGGUCGAGUUCUGCGUUUGGCUGAGUUACUUGGACUUUGAGGAAGUCGCUGAGGAAGCCAGUAGUAACAGGUGGAGAGAAAAUGUAGAUGCACAGCGGGCGCCUCUGAAUCCCUUUCAUCAUCCGACCACCGCGUGGCAACGGCGUUCAUAAACUUCAUGUAGUACUUAAUGCUAGCUAGCCAACCAAGCUAACGCCGACGUCUGCACGUCAACUUGUGUCAACUUUUUCCAGCGGUUCGCGUCUUCUGCUGCGCGACUGAUUCUCGACAUGCGGGAGUGUCGUCGCCCGCUCCGCCAGUUUCGAUGAAUAUUUUACACGGGGACGUCUCGGAUUUGCUCGGCUAGAGGCUGAUCUCAACUUUCUUGACGGCUUCCUUCCCUUCGGACACUUUUUUUCCUCCCCACUGGCAGCGACCAGGCGCUCGUUUACGAACGUCACAGAAAGGACGGACCAAAACAAUGUUUUCUGUCAAAACCCCGAAACCAACCUUCAAGUGUUAUCUUCCGCCUGUACAGACUGACGUAAGGAAAGCGAUUGAACCACCUAUUAAAAAGCUGGAACCAACGUUACUUCCAGGCGAGAUCGUAGUUAAUGAAGUGAAUUUUGUGAGGAAGUGCAUCAGCGCUGAAAGCACCCAGGAUGACCUGUGGGGAAGGUUGAUAUGCACAAAUUUUAAGGUCUCCUUCAUCCCACAGGAUGCUCCUGUUAAGCAGAAGACCCCGUUGUCCCACCGGCUGCUCGGAGAGCACGACAUCCCUCUCACCUGUCUGGAGCAAGUAGUGACAGUGAAUGAUACAAAAGGGAAGAAGAAAGUGUUGGGCUUAAACAAGAAGCUGAAGUUCAACCCCACCGAGCUCAUCCUCUACUGCAAAGACCUGCGCAUCAUACGGUUCUGCUUUGACGAGGCCGGGCCUGAAAGUGCAAAAAAGGUCUGCCUUGCUAUUGCCCACUAUUCCCAUCCAGCUGACCUUCUGCUGCUGUUUGGGUUUGAGUAUCAAGGACGGCAAUACCAUGAAUCUAAAGGGGAGCGAGUCCGUGGCGCCAACCCUCAAGGAAGGUCACAAACCCCAAUUUUUGACCGUUCAUCUGACUGGGAUCGUGAGAUCAAGAGAACAAGUGCUUCGGAGUGGAGGGUUUGCGCCAUCAACACUGAUUAUACCAUUUCAUCAAGUCUUCCUGAGUACAUUGUGGUCCCGGUUUCACUGGCAGAUCAAGAUCUAAAGCAGCACGCCAUAUAUUUUAUGGAUAAUCGCAUCCCUCUCUGGUGUUGGAGUCACCCCAAUGGGAGUGCUCUAGUUCGCAUGGCCAGCGUAUGCGAUCCUCUACAGCAGAAGAAGAUUGAGCAGAAGAUUGCUGCUGGCAUCACAAAAAGCCAUCCACACCGUGGGGAGCCCAUAAAGCUAGAGCUGGACAAGAAUCUUCCCAACAUCCAGGACAUCCAGGCUGCCUUCAUUAAGAUCAGGCAGAUCUGUGUCAUAGAUCCUUUUGAGGAAUCUGAGGAGAGGUGGCUUUCAUCCAUUGAAAACUCACGAUGGCUGGAACAUGUCAGGAUUGUGUUGAAAUUAUCAGCGGAUGUGGUUUUCCACCUGGAUGGAAACAAUGCUUCAGUCAUACUCCAAGAGGAAGAAGACAGAGACCUGAACUGUGUAGUGUCCUCCCUGGUGCAGCUCAUGUUGGACCCUCAUUACCGCAGCCGAAUUGGCUUUCAGAGUUUGGUGCAGAAGGAGUGGGUGAUGGCUGGCCAUCGCUUUCUGGACCGAUGCGACCACCUGAACAAGAGUGACAAAGAGGAGUCCCCAGUGUUCAUGCUGUUCCUGGACUGCGUGUGGCAGAUGAUGAACCAGUACCCAGCAGCAUUCGAGUUCUCUGAGACCUAUCUGACAGUACUGAGUGACAGCAUGUGGAUACCACUCUUCAGUACUUUUCUCUUCAAUUCUUCUAAACAGCGCGCUCAGUACCUGAUGGACUUUGCCAAGAGUAAAGCCAUCCCACAAGGAGAGGACCAUGUUGUGUAUUUCCCUCCCAUUUGGAACUGGUCACAGCAGUUCUCCAUCAAAGACUUGACUCUGUUUAACAACCCCAUGUAUGUAGGCAAAGGGGCUGCUUGUGUUCAAAACGGGGAAGUGAAAACCUUCAAGCGCACAAAGCAGAAAAGUUACAGCUCUACAUUGCGAGCAACAGCAGGAUCUCUGCGCAAUGGAGUGAAGAACACAGAGGAUGCAUUGGUUCCGCGACGAGGAUCUCUGGUGUCUGAGCUGAGACCUGACUUCUCACCUGCUAAAGACGAAAGCCCAUCAGACCGCUUCUUCAGAGACUUCUUUGCUCGGCCUGCUGACCAGCAAGGCCUCCUCAUUCCCCUGUUCAUGCCCUCUCACAUGGCCCUCUGGAAGCUGUUCUUUCUGCGCUGGGUGUCUGAGGCCUGUAUUCCCAGAGGAGGCCCCAUCACCGCGUACCACAAGCUUUCCCAACUGGUCGAUGAGAUUGAUAUGCUGCACAACCAGCUCAGGCAGUAUAAGGGACCCACUCCCAGCAGCACACCUCUCCCUAGUCCAAGUGAGGCCCCUUCAGAUCAGAGGAGGAUGUAUUUUAAGGCAAGUUCAGCACAUGACCCAUCUACACUUCCAGACUUCCUGACCUCUACCUUCCCUUUUAGCCCGAGGGGAAAUCUGUGCCGCCGCAGUCUCCACGGGACUCCCAUCAGUAAAUUUCUGAAUGGGGCAAAGAUCUGGCUCUCCACAGAGACUCUUAACGACACUGUCUGAGGAUACAGGGCUUUUGGGCUCUUCUUCUAUUUCCGCUUUCUUAAAUUCUGAGAUGGAAGUUGAGAAAUAGAAAAAUGUUACUUCUGAUUCUUAACUAUUUAUAAGCUAGAAUUUGCACCGUUGAUGCUGCUUCAACAUAUGAGGUAAUUUCUAAACUGUAGUGUCAUCCAUAGCACAGAUUAUUGUCCACUGCCCAUUACAGUUGAAAGCUUAUUGACUGGUGAGGUCUUACUGUGAGGUCUCCUUUGACUGUGAAGGUUGUUUUUUGAAAGACUAACUGCCUUGUCUCCUUUUCAUUUUAAGUUAGAUUUAGUUUGACUUACUGCUCUUUUUUUCCUGAGCUCACUGUUUGACAUGCACAGAUUUUACUUUAGCAGAUUCCCCUUAUUGACCAAGCAUAAUGAGUUAUGUGUAGCAGAGCUAUCAGCUGAGCUGCUCUUCCCUCAGAUUCUCAUCUGGUCAAUUAGACUCCUCCACUGUAAUGGAGUAAUGAUAGUUGAAAUAAGAACAAAUCCUUUCUAAAAGUUGCAGCAACAAUGAUUCCUUUUAAUGAACACUGAUUUUCUAUUGCUCCAUCAGAUUGUGCCUCCAAAGGCAUUGAAUUAAGGUGUAAUUUAUUUACCUGGUCAUUUUUAAUUUAGAAAGAGGAACAGAAAAUAACACAGCUGUUUUUGAAAUCUGUGUGGUUAAAACAGCAAAGCUAUAGUUUAAUGUAAAUCAUUGGUUCACUUUUGUUUCACAAACUGAGUUUACGUUCCUCCAGGUGCGUUGCUGGUUGGUCAUGUGUGUGUGUGUGUGUGCGCAUGUGAUUUUAGGGUCUUUAUAGAUUUACUUUAAGCAGUAGCAGUGGCCUAAAUAGAUUUUAGUAUCAUGCAAAAGUGGAGCUGUGAGAACUUCAAUCUGUGGUAAAUAUGUUUCUUGUGAAGAGUAUUUAUCAAAUUGUAUUGCGGCCUUCUGGCAAGGCCUGGAGGAGAGACUGUAACGGUUCCCUAAAGGGUAAAUAUUUGAAAGGGAAAGACGAGGACUUUGACUCAAACCAGCCCCUAGUUUAGUCCAUAUUAAACUGGACGUCAGGCAGUUUGAGCUGCACAGUGAUUGUUUAUUAAUGAGUGAUGCAUUCUUAAGCUGCAAAUUAUUAAAAACACAGGAUGAAAUGAUCCAUAGAGCGAACAUUUCAUUCUAUGUGGUGUCGAGAAUAGUUUGAGACAUGUGGGGAAAUGGAUCAGUCCAAUGCUCCGUUUAAAAACUGGCAAGAAUCACUAUUAAUAUAACUUUACUGUUUUAAAAAUAGCAGCGCUGCAUUUAUUGUGAAUGUGCUUUCUAAUUCUCAAAUGUAAGACCACUGGACAGACUCAAAGUCCUGUGCUAUGACACAAGAGCAUUGAAACGUAGAUGCUAGAUCAGUAGCUCGAUCAGUUUCUGAUCCUUUUUCAGAUACACGUGUGAUUCUUUGGCAAUAACUAGUUCAGGUGUUUUCUAGUAUAGAUGCAUAUGCGACUACAACCUGCUCUUUCAGAUGCUAUUAAUUGCACAUUUUAAUCAAUAUAUAGGAUAGUUUUAAGGUGGUUUUGAAUAUAGUUUUGGCAAAUAUUAUAAAUACUGUAUAUGCUUGAAAUCUUUAAUAUUUUGAUUAAUGGUACUAAAUAACUUUUAUCUUUUGAUUUGGUCUUCAUAUUUUAUUGACAGAUAUUUAUAUGCUGUUUUUCCACUAAGUCAAGAUGUUGCACUCUGCUGUAAUUGCAUGAUGACUGUGCUUCUGAUGUGGCAUUGUUUGAUAUUGAUUAGCAGCAGAUGUAUUUAUUCAGUUGAAAUAUGCAAGUGUUCUCAAAGAGGGAUGCAUUGGUGCAUCCCCUGUGCCUUUUUUUUUGAAAGCGUGAACAUUUUGUAAUUAUAUUCUUAAGCUGUUUCCUUAUUUUAGUUUACUAAACUAUUUUCUAUCAAUUCUGUAAAUCUAGUCUAAAUUUAGAGGUACUGCACUGAAGCUUUUUUCCUGAGAGAAAAAACCGCUCGCCUGUGUACCAGUAACCAAUCAUUGCUUUCUUUUUUUUUUUUUUUUCAAAUGAAGUGGGUUUGUUUCAUUAGUCUGUUUCAUGAUCAAAUACAUUUUUAACAGAAGUUCACAUUUUUUGUUCUCCACUGUUUUGAAGUAUAACAGGACAGUGUAAUUUGAAUUGUUAAAGGUUUUACAGUACAUGGAAAUAUGCAAAAAGGAGAUUUGCACACAGCUUGGGUAAUUAAAUAAUUAAUUAGUGGCAAGAGGAAAAUAAAACCAUCUACUGGUUCCUAUCCCAGUAGCCAUGUUCGGAAGGUGUCAGGUUCAGAAGAGACAACUGCUGCCAGCAAAAAUGAUGUCCAAGAGGUUUCUAUUUAAAAUCCAAAUGAAUCCAUGAAUGCAUUGUAAAUUGCAAUGAACCACACUCCGAACCUUUAAGACAUAUUAAAAAGAAGAAUGUGUGAAACUAUAAAUGUUGCUGAAGAACAAGUAAACAACAAAUGAUCAUAAGAAAAAGAGAAAUAUAAAAAUAAACUGCAACAGAAGGUAAAGUGAGGAAGAAGCAAAGUGGCUGUGGUCACUGGAUGUUCUGCUCAGAGUGCAGCUAACAGAACACAAUAACCCAUAAUUACACUGUACUCAUUUAACAAAUGGCAAAACAAUAACACAAGAAAUGUAACUAACAAAAUGACAAGAAAUUAAAAUAAAACUUCUCAUGCAAAUUUG